GCACUGUGGCAGGAUAUUGUGAUGCUAUAACUUUCCCGGAAGUUGGGAUUUAAACCUGAGGAUCGUUGUUGGGAGCACUUUUACCAUGACGAAGCUGAUGGAGUGGUUGCUUGGGCUAAGCCUGAUUGGAAUCCUUUGGAGUAUUGUCACUUUUGACCUUUUGGAUCUACGCAUUUCAGAUCAGUAUUUGCAAGUCGCAUGGCCACUUCCCAUUUAUUUACUAGUUACUUUUGGUUGUUACUCUUUGGCUGUGGUGGGCUACAGGGUGGCCACAUUCAAUGACUGUGAAGCAGCCGCAAAAGAAUUACAAGAGCAGAUUCAAGAUGCAAAAAGAGAUUUGCAGAAAAAAGGACUGCACUUUUGAUGUAGGACCUUUUUUUAAUCAGUGAUUUUUUUUUUGCUUCUUGCAAGGAACAUCUUGAACUAUAAGGUUGUCAGUUUCUUUGUGUUUCAACUUUCAGAAAACCUUUAUUUUAAAGAAAAGAUCUUCUACUUGUGUCUUACAAAUAUAUACAAUCAUGGAAAUUCCUGUCAUAUUUUCGUAUACUGUUUAUGACUUCUGGCAUAUUCUAAUCAUAAUAAAACUGUCAUAAUGUUGUUCCAGUUUAUAUUUAUAAUAUAUCAUGUAAAAGCACUGACAUGUUUGAUUUAAUUGCACUGGUCUUACAGACAAAUUAAUUUUUGACUUUGUUGUGCCCUGCACAACAUUUAAGCUACUUUCAAUUUUAAUAUGAAUUGUUGGAAGCAGAAUUGCCAAGUUCAUUCACGUUUUUACCUGUACUUCUCACUUAUUAAUAUGUUCUCUUACAGGAUGAGACACUUAAUUUGCAAAAUUUUAAAUGGCUUUUAGAGUUUGUUUUGCAAGGAGUAUAAAAGCAUGAAUUGUGUUUAUUGUGCCAGUUACUGACAGUGUGGUCUUUUGACUGGUCCAUAUCUUUAGCGUUGAUAAAUUGGUUACUGGAAUACUU